UGGAGGCAGCCGUGAGCAGCUAAGCUAGCUGCUGUGGCUAACAACACAACACUCAUCCCGGACAAACGUCUCACCCCGUUUUUCUUCUGCGCCAUCUUAUCCAUUUUCUUGGCGAUGCGGAUGAUCUCUUCUUCCUCCUUUUUGCCCAUGGUGGCUGACAGGCUCCAAGCCCAGAUCGAGGGGGAAAGAGACAGAGGUCUAUACAAAGACCACGCAAGCGAGCGGCUGCGAGCAACGGGUGCUCCGCUGUGUAGCAGACCCGACUAGUCGAUCCGCUGGGGAUCAGGACAAACCAAUCGAGACAGAUAACGUCAUCCCCGUUACAGUAAACCUGUGGAUCAAACAUGUAGGGAAAAAAAUCAGUGCAGGCAAAGAUUAGGCAAAUUGGCCGUGAUGUCAGCGUCUGAAAAUAGCCAGGACGCCGCUGAGAGGCUUUGGCCUGUGCUGGGACGGACACCGGGCGGCACUUUUCUGUGCUUUCUAGCGGCCUAAACUCAGGAGACAUGUGAGAGGACAGAAGUCUCUGACUCAUCAUGAGCGAAGCAGCAACCCAGGACCAGCCUGCUCAGGCCGGUUCCUCCGGCAGUGGACAGACUUUACCCUCUCGACUGCUGCAGCCCGUCUCUGAUCCCUCCGCCUCCAAGAGGGUCUGCUUCUACAAAAGCGGCGAUUUGAAGUUCAGCGGCCAUCGCAUGGUCAUCAAUGGGCGGACGUUUAAGACGUUUGACGCGCUUCUGGACACCCUGUCCAACAAAGUGCCUCUUCCGUUCGGGGUGAGGACCAUCACCACACCCAGGGGAACCCACGUGGUCAAGGGUUUGGAGGACUUGCACGACGGAGGCUCCUACGUGUGCUCUGACCAGAAGAGGGUCAAGCCGCUCGACCUUGCUGAAGUGAACCGGCGUCAGGUUCCAUGGAACACCACCAGACCCUUCAGCACAGGCCGGCAAAGACGGCAGGGACUUCUGUACGGCAGGAGGAAUGAGGUGAAGCGGCCAGAGAAGACCACGGAGAGAGUGGCUGUGAGGACGCCAAAGAGACUUGUAGUCAUUAAAAACAGAGAUCCCACCGUCAAACGGACAAUCGUGUUGCAGAAGCGAACAGCGCCAACGUUUGACGCCUUGUUGGAUUACCUCUCGCAGAUUCUCCAGUUCCCAGUCUUGAAGCUUUACUCCACCGAUGGAAGACGGGUCGGUGGUCUCGCCGCUCUCAUCCUGUGCUCCGGAGUCAUCGUUGCGGCCGGUUCUGAACCUUUCCGGUUAGCAAACAGCGUUUUCAGAGGGUCUCAGACGGGACAGCCGCUGGAUGCUGCCGAACCACUGGUGCCGCAGACACACACUCAUACCAACAAGUCCUCGAGUGGAAGAGGCUCCAGGAACUUUUCCUUGUCGUCAGAGAAACAUAUUGUGAACCAGAUAAACCAGUCUUUGCACCGUAAGCUGCGCCAUCACGAGUCUGCGGAAACGGAGGUCGAGCGGCAGUCGGUGCCGCUGCAGGAAGACUCUCCCACAGAUGGCCGCCACUACACUUGCAUCAUGCCCCGUGACGACGACAUCGAGAAAUCAUUCCGUGUAAACCAAGAUGGCAGCAUGACAGUGGAGAUGAAAGUGCACCUCACAAUUAAAGAGGAGGAGACCCUUCACUGGACCACGACGCUCAGCCGCAGCACCAUCUGCAAGAGGACGAGCUGUGCUCCGGUGUGCGAGUCCCGCCGCAGCUCACCUGACUCGAACAACGCCUCAGAAGGGUCUUCCUCUCCGACCAGCGAGGAUGACACCAAAGAAGUCAGCCAUUCCUCCUUUAACGGGAAGGCGGUGUGUUUCAACAGCGAAGAAUUCUACGAAGCGAAGAGUUUCAAACGGCGUCCGACUCCUGGUCCAGUCAAGAAGAAAGCAUCUGUGGAAAGUGUGAGGAUGGAGUCGGGACAUCAGGAGAAGACGGUGAGCCAGUACUCCUACAUGGAGAAGACAGAUGACGGAGAGAUGACGGAGGAGUACUGCGUGGUCAGACACACCAGCAGUAGCAGCAGCUAUCCCGUCCCAAAGCCUCGGAAUUCCUCUGCUGGGAACAUGCGUUCGGGUGUUGGCACCUCUGGGAUCGCUGAGGUUCUCCAGAUACAGAACCAUGGAAUGGACGUGCGAGAGACGGUGAUGCAUAUCUAUGAAAGCCAUGGUGGCUUCGACAACUAUCUGGCAAACGAGGAAUACACUGCAGGUGCUACUCAAUCACCGAGAAACAGAGCAUCAGGCGGGUCAGAAGUCCCAUCAUCGAGCAAUGACAUCGACUUCAGCGCCACGGACUCCCUACCAAGGCAGCGGGACGAGAUGCUGUCAUUGUCGUCCGAGCCUUUGUAUCCAGUACACCAGCCUCCAUCUAAUCUGCCGUCUGUGGCUGAGACAGAGGCCCCAAAGGUUGUUGGGAAAGAUCUGAAGAAGAAGGACAGUAAGGCCUCACGAAGCCAGAAGAGUUCUACAUCAACAAGCGGCUCGGACAAAAAGGGUAGCGCAGCGACGCUGUCCAAGAACAGCAAGCACUCGUCGCCAGACAAGGUGAGCAGCAACACCAGCGUAGAGCGGAAGAGUUUGGCAUCAGGGGCCACCAAGCGUGACUCGAAGAGGGAAAAACAAAAAGCAUCAACAAGGUCGGCUGUAAAUGGAGCUACCUCCAAGAAACAGACCAGGACAGCUGCAAAGACGAACGGGCACAAUGUCAACACCCCAACGGAGCGCCCCCAAAUGAAGAAGAACAUCUCAGACAUUUUAACACCGAAGAAGUCUUCGGGUAAAAAGCGCAGGGCCAAGACCCCUCCCACCAACCCUUCAGAGCCGCGAGAGAACGUCUCGAUCAAGUCCUUGAAUGCAUCCCAAAAGGAGAUCCAGCAGUAUGUUGAGAGCUGGUUGGAAGAAGUCAGUCCGGACCAGGUGCCGUACACCGAUGACGCCAGAGAGUCGACCGCCUCCACCAAAGUGUUAUUUAAGCUCGGUGCAGACUCUGAGUCGGAUGAGAAGAAUGGGACUAAUGCUAAACAAGAGGGUUUGACCUCAGACACCUCCGGGGAAUCAGCAUCCUCCCUGACUGCACCUCCCUCCAGCGGAGCUUUGCAGCCCGAUGUGUGCCCACUAAGAGGUUUAAGUACCUCGGCGCCAAAUGUCAGAGUUGAUGCUGUCGAUCAGGAGGGCAUGCAGCGGUCACACAGAUCUGCUGAGGCACUGGCGCCUCUUCAGUGGGAACCUUCCACAGCCAGUCCUAAAAUAAAGGCCCUGCCUUUACUGCAGCAAAUGUACGCCUCGGAUCAGGAAGACAAAUCAGAGUCAACCGACGCAGACAAAUCGACCAGCAUUGCAAGCUUCUCAAGCCAAGUGGCGUCAGUGUUUGGCGCUUCAUGCAAAGCCCUACUGUCUUUCCUGUCGGUGAUGACGCUCAGGGAUACCCUGGCCAUCUCCAGCCCAAGCAAAACCAACAUGGCCCCCGAGGCCAUGCUGAUGUUGGAGUCGCUGCAGAAGAUUUCUACCAUCGAGGACCAGGAAGAGCAGAGGGCAAGCCUGACGGAGCUGCAGAGUAGAACAUCUUCUCAGCUCAGGAACCGCUGGACGGCUUUCCAGAUCAUGAGGGACAGGCUCCAUAGUGAGCCGCCGUCGCCCAAGGUCUCUGAAACAGAAUUUGCCCUGGACGUGGUCUCGGAAGAGGGCGACUUUUUAGAGGAGCAGAAGGGUAUUGAAGAGCUGAUGGAGGAGCUGAACAUGCCGCAAGACCUCAGGGAGGAGAUCUCACUCACCAUACACCAUUCCAAAUGCUUGUACCCAGCGCUGGAGGGUGCUGGCGAGUCAAGGGAAGUGGUGGAAGAGGAAGCCAACUCAAGCGAAGAGGCCACUGAAGGGGCUUCCGUUGAUCUAGUCAAGGACCCGGAUGUCAAAGAGUCAGACGUUUCUGAAACACAUGAUGAUGAAAAAUUAGGUGAAGAGCUGGCGGUGGGUGGAGGGAUUACCAGUGUAACGGGACGGAUGGAGAGUGAGGACGAGUGUACUGAGGAGGAGUCCGUGGUGAAAGAAGAGGAAGGGACAGCGAGUGGAAUGAGAGAGGAGUUGAAAGAAGAAGCAGGUAAGAGGUUAGCCGACAUGGACGACAGCGUUGUUGAUACUGAUGAGCGGGACGCAGAGGAAACGGAAGGAGGAGAGGAGCAGUCUGAGACAGAAGACAGGAAUAUCAUUGCCACAAUAGAAGAAGAGGUGGACACGGAGGAGGAAGAUAGUGGAGGUAGCCAUGAAGAGCAAGGAGGCGUUUCUGAUGAAGAUCAGACACAUCAGGAAGAGGAGAAGACAGUGGUGCUCAGUGAUGAAGAGAGCGAGGAAGAUGGACAGACGGUUUCUGAGCGUGCAGAAGAUUUGGAUGAGAAGAACAAGCCAGAUGAGGAGGAGGUGGAGGCUCAGGAUGGGCUGCAGGAAGAGCAGACGGAUGGUGAGAAUGAGCAGGGAGGCAGUGAAGAUGGUGAGGGAGGUGAGAGAACGGUAGCUGCUCAUGAACAGGUCCUUGAGGAGGCCUCUUACUUGACACAGCAGGGAGAGAAGUCCUCACCGGAUGAACUCCAGAACAGCCAUGAGGACGACAAAGACCAGACUGAAGUCGUCACCGAAGCUGAAUCUGAGGAGCCGAAGCAGAGCCGCAGUUUUCAGCCUCACCCAGCUGAGAUUUCCCAAGAGUUACUGGACUUCAUCAACUCUGCUCUGCAGUCGGCCUCAUUGGUGUUCACGUACGACAGCCAGGGUCAGAUCAGGGUCACGCAGGACAAGCACCGAGCCGUGCCGACCAGAACCAAGCGACGGAAGAAGAGCAUGUACUCCUCCAAACGUCUGCCCAGUCCCAACACUUCCGAGUUAUCCGACUACCGGCCGGAGAGCGACGAAAGUGGGGCGCCUAAAACCGUGGCGUCGCUCGAGAUCGCUUCAGAAGACGGCGAGAGAACGUCCGUUAGUGAGGCUCAGUCAGUGCGUCACACAGGUGACUCAGCGGCCGAAGGGAACUCCCAGUCAGGAAGCAGCAAGAGUCCUCCCGCUAAUCCAGAGGCAUCAACGGAGGAUGGCAGCUCAUUAAGAGCCCAUCCAGAGGCCGCUCCUGAGGUGGCCUCCGAGCAUGACGCGGCUGAUGGAGUCCUGAUUGAUCGAGGUCGAUGGCUGCUCAAGGAGAACCACCUCAUUAGAAAAUCCCCUCCGCUCGCCCAGGGAAUGUACGGCCAGUUAGACAGCAGCUCCUUGGACACCUUGGAUUCCCCGACCCAGUCCAAAACCAUGCAAAGCCCCCUCGGUGCCAUAUCCUCCUCCGAGCUGGAGGAUCUGGCUAAACCUCCCUCUCCCAAGUGCACCUACUACAACAUGCCACACGGGAGCGAUUCAGACCCAUUCUCCGACGACUACAGCUCCAAAAGAGGGGCGGGACGGGGGGCGCGAGUGUCCCCCACUGUCGACACCUCCAAAACAUGGGCCAAUAAAAAUGGCAGCCUGUCCUCCUUCACCUCAGUGGAAUUCAAAAUGCAUGACAGAAAAAUUCAUCCGCAGGAGGAGACCAUCGUGGUGACGCAGGCGAGAGGGACCUCUAGAGUGCGAGAAGGUCUACUGCAAGAGCAGGACUCCAUGGAAAACCUGCGUCUGAGGUGUAACCAGUAUUGUCCGAUUCUGUAGAGCAAGUUUACCACUGAAGACCAGCGUGCCUCUUCUCUUUCAGCGACUCCAAGUCUAUUGGUGUCGUGUGUAGUAGUUGGUGCGCACUGCAAGGAUCUCCAGGUUCAAGUCCUGCUUGUGGUGGUUUUGCUACUAGCACUCUUUUUUCUCCUAUGCAUUUUUGUGGCAAAAUAUUUUGUGAACUUUACUUUUAAUCAGCAUGUGUGAUCUGUCUCAGGGAAAUGCUGAGCUAAUAUUGAACAAAUGGAUUAUGAAAAACCAAAGACAUAUUUGUGUGAGACGCUUUAUUGAACUGCUUCACAGUGUGACUGACAUGUGAGUGUAAAUGGAAUGGAAACUGUUUUCAUCAAUAAAGUUUUAAAAACGUGAUUUUGGUGUCCUGUCAGGCGCACACACCCUUUUAUUGGCUCAUUUGCGAGUGUUUUAGAGACAGUUGUCAGGUGACUCGGUUUAGCGAGUCCUCUGGAGGUUGUCUUUCAUGGCUCAGACGUUUUCGUGUUCAUUGAAUCCUUGUUUUGUGAGUCUUUUUUGUGACUUGGUAUGGGCUUGUAUCACUGACUCGUGCUACGUGAGUCAUUUGAGUUGACUAUUUCAUGAGCAUCUUGUCAUUUGUUCCGGUGUUAAGUGACUUGUUAAGUGGUUAUUACUUCCUAGUGGUGAGAGUUCAGUGUGUGGUUUGGAUCUUUGUAAGUGUGUUUGGUGAGACUGUUUUGAAAGUAUGUAGGGCAGGGGUCUCAAACCCACGGCCCGCAGGCCAUUUGUAG